AUGGGACUCCAAGGUGUUCUGGAUGAACAUAAGAUUGAUAUUCUUACAACUGAGUACUUGGUGUUGCUUACUCUCAGUGUGAUUGGCAGCUUCUCUGUCCUUGUGGUUUCUAUAGCGAGAUGGAAGCAAUUAAAAGGACAGGUAAAUCUCCUGGUGCAGCUUGCCCUGGCAGACCUAUUGGCUUCCCUCAUCUUGAUGUCCACAAGUGUCUUGAACAAAGUUAGCAUUGAAAUGGGAGUAACCAUCUGCCAAUACUUACUACCCCUGUCCCUGACCUUUUAUUAUAUUUCAUUUUUGCUGGUGGCGGUCUAUGCUUGGAAGUCCAAAAGCACAAUCCAAGGGUGGAGAGAAAGACCCACUGAAGAUGAGGCUGCACAGAGUCAGCGUAGACAGAAAAUAGUGGCUAUACCUGUUUAUGCCAUUGUGUGGCUGAUUCCUAUUGUAUUGUACAUAGUAUAUGUGCUCACCCCCUUCAUAACAACUUCUGAGCUGGUUACAGCCGCGGACAGUUCAUUUAAUGCCAUCAGCAGUAACAAUUCGGCAUUCUGCGCCAGUUGUAUAUUGUUCUUGCAUGUCUGGAGAGAUCCCUGCUCUGAUGCUGAGGAAAUCCAUGACACUUUUAUCAGAGUUUCCUUUUUCCUGAUUGUGAUAGCAGUGCUGUUGUCUUGCUCUAUGAUUUACUAUAACAUCAGCAGAUGGUAUGAAACACAUAAACAUGAGGGGCUUUUUCCUGUGGAAGGAGAUGGACGUUCAAGAAGGAGAAUCAAAAGAAUGUUUUCCACGGCGAGAAAUAUGGUCAUGGUCAUCUUUUUCUGCUGGACACCAGCUCUUGUCUUAAUUCUGCUGUCUGGCCUGAUGUACUGGACAAACAUCAAACAGCAAAGCUUGUUUUACCUUUAUGUGAUUCAGGCUGCCGGUGUGUCCCUGCAGGGCUUCCUUAACAGUAUGGUUUACGCCUGGAGACGGCCAAACUUCACAGAGGCUGUCCUUGGGGAGAACACCCCUCUAAUGGCACAGGACCAUAUUGCUUUUUUUGAUGAAUCGCUGAGGAGCUCAUCUUGUUAAGGAUAAAGGAACUGAGAGAUGUCUCUGUGCUGUGGCAUGACAUCACAACCUUAGCAAGACUGAAUGCACACGAUUCAGGACUUCAGGAAUAUUAGACUGACAUUUGACAUUUCCUCAUUUUUGACUGAAGAUAAAAGGACUCAAAGGAAACACAAAGUCAAUUUAAACAA